UCGUUCCCGCGUUUAAAAUGGACGGCAGUUGAAAGUUUAAACUGACUAGCAGUCAAGCAAAUGAGAUGAUCGCAUCUGCCCGACGCAGCCAAAGCUCGGGUUUUUAUACACAGGCUGCUGCCCAUUGUCAACACACCAUCGAACUCGUCCUCCGAAUAAUAAAGCCGCUGCCUCCCUCGCCUGUCGCAGCCGUCAGCCAAGAACAGCUCGCGCGCGCCACCGAUCCAGCCCACCAUGGCGGCACCAGCAAGCCCCCGCGGCGGCGGCGGCUCGGAGGCGGCGGAGGCGUACGAGGACCUGCUGCCGGUGAUGGGGGAGCGGCUGGGCGCGGCGGGCCUGCUGUCGGAGCUCCGGGCGGGGUUCCGCCUCCUGGCCGACCCGGCGCGGGGCGCCAUCACGGCCGAGAGCCUGCGGCGCGGCGCGGCGGCGGCGCUGGGCGUGGCCGGGAUGACGCCCGCGGAGGCCGACGCCAUGGUGCGGGAGGGCGACGCCGACGGCGACGGCGCGCUCAGCGAGGCCGAGUUCUGCGUCCUCAUGGUGCGGCUCAGCCCCGGCAUCAUGGCCGACGCCGAGGCGUGGCUCGAGGAGGCCAUCGCCGAGGAGCUCGCCCGAGGAGAAGAGCCCCGGCUCGCCGACGCCGACGGCAGUGGCACGGCGGCCCCGGCGAGCCGCCGGUCGGUUUGAUAAUCAAGUCGGCCUGUGGGCUGUGCGUGUCUCUGUGCCGUGAACCGUGAUUAGUUGUGAUGUGUCUGCUGUAAUUACCGUGAUGAUGAGUACUACUCCGUGACUGUUCUUGGAUGUAAUAAUAAUUUCGUGUAACUUUUUGCUUCACAUCUUCGUGCU